GCAAAAAAUCCUGAUUGCAUAUGACACAGUGAACGCAGGGAGGAGACCUGAAACUGCAACUCUUUGUACAGAUUCUUUGGAUUCUCCGAACCCUAGGUCGCCGGACCUCCCGGAUACUCUGAUUAUGGGCUCUUCGGCACCGCAUCAAGUCGACAUCUUUGAGGUUUACCGACGAUACUGCGACAUUAGAUCAGCAAGCAAACGUCUUUGUAUCGGAGGUGACAGACAGGAUGAUGAAUUAAAAGAAGCUAGUUUUCCAAGGGAUGCAUUGAACUGUCUCUUGAAACUGGUGGACUCAAAUUUGCAUCUGUGGACUUCAAUUUUCAGUGAACUUCUCAGGUUGAUGUCACGGUUAGACUUCAUGGUAGACCUAGAAUUCUCUCACUUCUAUGAUUUUGUUUUCUUCAUUUGCCGUGAAAAUGGUCAAAAGAAUAUUACUGUAAGCAGAGCAGUUACUGCAUGGAGAUUAGUCUUAGCUGGCAGAUUUCGUUUACUUAACCAAUGGUGUGACUUUGUGGAGAAAAAUCAGCGGCAUAAUAUCUCAGAGGAUACUUGGCAGCAAGUAUUAGCUUUUAGCCGAUGUGUAUAUGAAAAUCUAGAAGGGUAUGAUCCUGAAGGUGCCUGGCCUGUUCUGAUAGAUGACUUUGUUGAGCAUAUGAGCAGAGUUUCAGUUUUGAAUGGAAAUGAUAACAUUUUCUGUAGCUGUGGUGUUUUAGAACCACAGUCAUAUGCACAUGGGAACUCUAUGGCUGGAGAAUUGCCUGGACUGAAAAGAAAGUUGCUGGACUUUCAAAAUGAUGAAAUGGAGUGCUCUAACACUUUUUUCUCAGACCAUGCAGACCCAAAUUGUAAGAGAACCAUGUUGACUGUGCAUAAACCAAUCAACAGGGAGGAUAACCCAUCUGGGACCUUAGCUGAAGACUGCAUGGAUGUUGUUAAACUCAGUAGUCCAAAGAGUUGUUCAAAGUCCCCAUGUACAGUUGAACGGUGCCUCUCUAAGGGCUUUGCUGGGCUGCUCUCAACUCAUUCCUAUUUGCCAUUUGACAGGGAAAGCAGAGUUUCGUACACAUAGUGCUCCCUACCUGAGUUACAAAUAUAAAGAGCUAUCAUUUACAAGGUAAUGCGAGUUAAUCCGUAUCUAGCUCUAUUGGCUUGUUGGGGGUUUGUGUGUGGGGGGUUUCUAGAUUUCCAUAUGCUUUGGUUUUUGGGGAUAAUUUUCUACUUUGCUUUUAGGAUAUGCCGGUGGGGUUCUGCAAUUUAUUUGUUUGUGUAUGUUGUAUGCAUGUUGUUCUGUUAAAAUUGAUUGAUACAUUAAAUAAAUGGAAUUUUCAGCUUUGUCUUUCUCAGCUUAAAUUUAUGGUCUUUAACUUAUUCUUUUGGUGUGUGCCCCUGGAAUAAACUCUGCCAACAUGU